AUGAAUAUUUAUUCACAAACAUGUUUAUGUUUCUUAAUCUUAGUAUCGUCUGUUUUUUGUGAAAAUAAAUAUUCACGAUCAGCAAAUGAAAAGAAAAAAUCUGAUGUAGAAUUCAGAAGUUUGGAUAAACCAUAUAGAAUGAAUAAACUUAAUUUAUUGUGGACAAAAGCUCGACAGCGCCUCACAGAGCCUAAACUGAAAUCAUUAUACAGUGAUUUGAUGGUCCAAGACAAAGAAGAACUAAUAUAUAAGAGAGUAAAAAGUGAAGGAGGUGAUAAGGAAGGGUUGAAAGAGGCAGAACUAAGGCGUAAAUUAACUAAUAUCAUGUCAAGUUAUGGACUUCUGCAUCACUUUGAACCUAAUGCGCCUAAGGAGAAAGACCAUCCUGCUUACAACUCUGCUAUGGAUGACUACAUCAAUAAGAGUAUCUUCAAAGAUAAAAAACUUAAUUAUCUCUGGACAAAGGCAGAGGCUUCAGGAUUCACUAUGGAAGAGUUGUUGGCUUUACGAGAAGAGUUAACACAUCACCAAGAGAAAAUUGAUCAGUAUUAUGACUUGUUGUCCGAUGACUCGCCCAAAGAUGAUGCAUUUAAAAAUAUUAUCAAUGAAGAUGAAUUAGAUAAAUUCAAUGAAAUCAGUGAACACACAAACGAAAACACAAAGGAUUACAUUGAUAAAGCUAAUCUAAUCAGAGAAAAGCAUAGAGAUUUGAGAGAUGGCUAUGACAGGCUACAGAGGGUGGUUGCUAAAGCUCCAAACAAUAAAGACUUCAUAGAACCUAAAGUGCAAGGUCUCUGGAAAAUGGCUGUUGCAGCCAACUUUACUACUGAAGAACUGGCUUCAUUGAAGGUGGAACUGCAGCACUACGAGUCGCGAUUGUUAAAGCUACGUCACUUACAAGCAAAUAAUAUAAGCAAUCGCGAGGAACAUAAGGACCAGAAGAUUGCUGGCGCCGGGGACAAAAUGAACCACUUUGAAGAACAAGAGCAGAUGAUCAAGAAACAUUCCUUGAAAGUUGCCAAGCUACAUGCUGACCUCGAGAGCAAAAUAUUGGAACGUCAUACUGAGCUGUAA